UUAUUUAACCGAUGCGGGGUAUGCAUCUUGUAUCCCCUCACGGAAUCAAUUUCUCCGUCGAUGAUCAUGCCAGAUCCAGUCAUAUCAGGCUAUCCGGAUAAUUAAAUACAGAUCCUUAAAUACAGACAAAGAAUACUGUUUAUUUUGGCAUCAACAAAAUGCUCUUGCUGCUCCUGGUCUGCCUCUCGCAGGCCCUCAUCGGCUUUGCGAAUCCCAUCAGUCCCAGAUCAGACUAUUUAAGUCCCAAUAGCACUGGUUUUCGCAUGCAGCAUGGCUUUGAAACGAUCCUCGUCCAGCCAUUUGGCUAUGACGGUUUCCGUGUUCGUGCCUGGCCUUUUCGGCCUCCUUCCGGCCAUGAAAUCAGCUUCGUGUAUGACCCUCCGCUGGAAGGACCGGAAGAUGGAAAAGCACACGGAAUGGACUACGACACGGCCUUUAAUGGCAAUCGCUCCGUGACGAUGCGCAAUGGCAACACCAUCGUGCGGACCUCUGGCUGGGGCGGCAAUCCAGGAGGCUACAGACUGGCUUUCUACCGCGUUGAGACUGAUGGCUCGGAAACCCUCUUGACGAACGAGUAUGCACCGCUCAAGUCGAUCAACCCUCGAUACUAUCACUGGAAUGGCCCAGGCAGUGAAUUUUCCGCCGAGUUCUCUUUCAGCACGACGCCCGAUGAGCAGAUCUAUGGGACUGGCACGCAGCAGGAUCAUCUGGUUAAUAAGAAGGGAUCCACGAUUGAUCUGGUCAACUUCAACACGUACAUCCCUACUCCGGUGUUUAUGAGCAACAAGGGCUAUGGCUUUAUCUGGAAUAUGGCAUCAGAGGGGCGAAUGGAGUUUGGGCCUCUUCGGAAUCGAUUCACGGCGAAUGCUGCAAGCGUCGUGGACUAUGUGAUUGUGUCUGCGUCGCCGGGUGAUUAUGAUACUUUGCAACGACGACUGUCUGCACUGACUGGUCGUGCUCCCACGCCUCCAGACUGGUCUUUGGGAUAUCUGCAGUCGAAGCUGCGAUACGAGAACCAGAGCGAGGUGAUUCUUCUGGCGGAGAAUUUCCAGAAAUACGACAUUCCCGUGUCACUGAUUGUCAUCGACUACCAAUCAUGGGCUCAUCAAGGUGACUGGGGAUUAGAUCCUGCUUUGUGGCCAGACGUUGCAUCCAUGGCACAGCAGGUCAAGAACCUCACCGGCGCCGAGAUGAUGGCGUCGCUGUGGCCGAGUGUUUCGGAUCAUAGUGAGAAUUAUCUCGAGAUGCAGGCGAAUGGAUACCUCUCUGCGACAAGAUCAGGACCUGGCACGACUGACAGCUGGAAUGGGUCGUAUAUUCGCAACUACGACUCGACGAAUCCCCAGGCUCGUCGGUUUCUCUGGGAUACGCUGAAGCGCAAUUACUACGACAAGGGGAUCAAGAACUUCUGGAUCGACCAGGCCGAUGGGGGUGCACUAGGCGAAGCAUACGAGAACAAUGGCCAAAGCACAUACAUCCAGUCCAUCCCAUUCGCGCUGCCAGAUGUGCUGUACUAUGCUGGUACGCAAGACAGCGUGGGCAAGCUGUACCCAUGGGCCCAUCAACAGGCCAUCGAAGAGGGCUAUCGCAACGCUACUUCGACCGACGUUGGAACAGCCUGCGACCACAUCAGUCUGAGUCGCUCUGGAUACAUCGGGUCGCAGCGCUUCUGCAGCAUGAUCUGGUCGGGCGAUAUCAGUUCAGUCUGGGAGACACUGGGAUUGCAAGUCGCGAGUGGAUUAUCUGCCGCUGCGACAGGCUGGGGAUGGUGGACGGUCGAUGCAGGUGGCUUCCAGGCGGACCCGACAGUGGAAUGGAGUGCGAAUAUCGACCGACCGGAGUAUCGUGAGUUGUUUGUGCGAUGGCUGCAAUGGACGACGUUUAUCCCGUUCAUGCGAGUCCAUGGAUCGAGAGCAUGCGAUGUGCAAGACGCGUUUACAUGCAACAACGAGCCGUGGUCGUACGGGGAGAAGAACACGCCGAUUAUCGUGUCGUAUAUAAAACUGCGCUAUCAGCUGGGCGAAUACCUCAAGGCUAUCUUUGACCAGUUCCACCAGACUGGACGGAUGAUCAUGAGACCUCUCUAUAUGGAUUUCGAAAAGACAGACCCUGAGAUAGCCAGAAUGACCCGCGAAAACAGCAACGCCACGACACAACAGUACAUGUUUGGACCUAAGCUGCUCGUAACGCCGGUGACAGUGCCGAAUGUGACGGAAUGGAGCGUCUAUCUUCCUCGCAUCGACAACAGCACGAAGUGGACAUACUGGUGGACUAACGCCACGUAUACAGGAGGGCAGAAUGUGACGGUGCCUGCGCCCCUCGAGCACAUUCCGCUGUUUCACCUGGGAAAGAGAGAAGAUGUCUUGUCUGGGAAUGUAUUCUCAUCAUAGAAAUACAGAUAGGUGAAUCCAUUAUUAAACUAGGGUAUAACGUUGAAAUAAAACCGUCCCGCAUCGCCUUUUCUUUAUGAAACUAGAAAUCCUCCGGUGGUGGUCGCUUCGCUUCAGGGUCAAGCGGAGAUACUUGUUCGCAGGUGCAGUGGCGAUAAUGCCAGACCAUCACCAUGUACAGAC